AUGGAGCGCGAGGGGUCUCCAACCCAGCCGCCGCCGGCGAAGCGCCCAUGGGAUUCAAACCCCACAAGCACCACCACCAUCCACUCCCUCACGGACGACCUCCUGCUCCGGAUCUUCCUCUGCCUCCCCUCCCUCGCGACGCUCGUCCGCGCCGCGCUCGCCUGCCGGGCGUGGUGCCGCGCGGUGGUCUCCUCGCCGGACUUCCGCCGCCGCUUCCGGGAGCUCCACCCGGCACCCCUCCUCGGCCUCUUCUUCGAGCCCCCCAGCCCCGUCCAUGACUCGGCCCUCCCGGCCUUCCCCUCAUUCGUCCCAGUGCGGAGGCGCGAAAGGGACCUGUCCGUCGCCCUCCGCGGCGGCGACUUCUUCCUGACAUGCCUCCAGCAGCACCCCUGCAUGGCCCACUCCUGGGACAUCCUCGACUGCCGCGGCGGUUACGUCCUCCUCUGUAAUGUUGACCAGUCAAGUGCGCAAGCAAUGGCGGUGGUGAAUCCCCUGGCGCGACAGUGCCGGUUAUUCGACUAUCUCCAUGUGGACACCUUCGAAGGUUGCCAUGGCACUGCCGCGGAGCUCAACGCCUGCUUGCUCUGCUCCGAGGAGGAGCCCGCAUCGUUCCGGGUGGUGCAUCUUGCCCACGACGAGUCCAGGGUGCGGGCUACUGUCUUCUCCUCGGACACCUGUGAGUGGAAAGUUCACCCCUGGGUUGAUGUCCCAGGGAGACCUUCGCUAUCAAAAUCGUGGCUUCUGAACAGUAGCAUGCAAUCAAAUGGGUUCUUGUACUGGGUUUACAAGAAUUACAAGUAUAUGGUCAUGCUGAACACGGUGACAAUGGAGUUCUCUGCCGAGGAGCUCCCUCGGUUCCUGAAGAAUCGGCGCUGCAGCUUCAGCGUCGGGGAAACAAACAACGGUGUGCGCUGUAUUGCCUAUGCUACUGACUUCACCGUUGGUGUGAUGCUGCGAAGAACAGAUGACGAUGGCACUGAGAAGUGGAUGCUGGACAGGGCCACCCCAUUAGAUGCACAGCUUGAUGGGGUUCUCAGGAAACAGAAGCACAACUAUGAUGAGCUCCUGGUUGUGGCAGUCAGGGAUGGCUUUGUGUACUUGGCAACUUCAAACAAGAUCAUUGAUUCCGCGAGCCCAAGUUGGUUCUUGUCGCUCUGCCUGGAAACGAUGAAACUGGAGAAUUUGUUUCAGAGGACAUACAACAGUGGUGCGCACCCCUAUGUUAUGGCAUGGCCUCCUUGUUUAGUUGCUAACAAUGGGAGGUAUAAAUCAGCAUGCCCAGGGGGCCAGGGGCCAUGGAACCUUGUUCUUUGA